UGACGUUAUGGGGUAACCACUUUUUCCAGCUUUUUUCACGUUAACCUCUUAUAAGUGAGAGUAAAAACAGGCUGUCAGGAUAUGUCUUGUCUGUAAAUAUUGCACCAUUACUAACUUUAAACUGACCUUUAUCCGCAGUAAAACAAUGUUAGUUUUCUUUUUUCCGAGGGUCCUUGAAAGCAGCAGCAUAGUGGGCUAGGCCAAAUCAGCGGCCACUCAACCAGCUACCAAGAAAGCCACUACCAGCUGCUGCUGCAGUUACAGUUUCCGUACUCAGGCAAGGAAAACAGGAGGAACAGCAACAAUCUGGUGGCUAUUUGGGCGGACAUUUCCUUCUUUCAGAGGCCACUCGCACAAGACCCUCAAGUAAAACAGCACCCACAGACACACAGACAGAGCCAUGGUGGACUACUACCAGAUACUAGGAGUCCAGAAAAAUGCGACGCAAGAGGACAUCAAGAAAGCUUACAGAAAACUGGCACUGAAAUGGCAUCCAGACAAGAACCCUGACAACAAGGAUGAGGCAGAGAAAAAAUUCAAAGAGCUGUCAGAGGCCUAUGAAGUUCUCUCAGACGAAAGCAAGAGGAAUGUUUAUGACCGAUAUGGCAAAGAAGGCCUCUCAGGUGGCGGAGGAGGAGGAGGAGGAGGCCAUUAUGACCACUUCAGCAGCUUCACAUUCCGCAACCCCGAGGACGUUUUCAGGGAAUUCUUCGGCGGCAGAGAUCCAUUUACAGAUUUAUUCGCUGAUGAUCCCUUUGAUGAUUUCUUUGGAGGCAGUCGCAGUCGCCAGAGGGGGGCAAGGAUGGGUGGAUCGUUCUUUGGUUAUGGGGGCUUUCCAGCAUUUGGAGGUAGCUUUGGUGGAUUUGAUUCAGGUUUUAGCUCAUUUGGAGACAUGGGUGGGGGAGGAUUCACCUCCUUCUCUUCAUCAUCAUUUGGCGGCGGGGGAGGAGGAGGAGGAGGAAUGGGUAAUUUUAAAUCCGUAUCAACCUCCACCAAAUUCGUCAACGGCAGACGGAUUACCACAAAACGGAUCGUUGAGAACGGCCAGGAGCGGGUUGAAGUGGUAGAGGACGGUCAGUUAAAAUCUCUAACUGUUAAUGACGUCUCAGCUGAGGACCCCAUGGAGGACUUUCGCCGCCGCAGACAGAACACGCUUCCUGGCCUGGGCCUGCACCAGCGUCACCUGAGGAACUCUGCCCAGAACCCGCCAGAGGAAGAGGGGGAACACAGCCCGGGACAAACGAGAGGACACACAGACAACAAGAGGAAGAAACUGUGGCUAAAGGAGGCAGAAUCCAAAAAGAAAAGAGCUCCUCGACACUUCCCGUGGUUCAGUGGAUUUGGUGCCUUCUUUUAAACGCUUACACACACACAUAGUGGUCGGCAGAAGUGCCAUCCAUCAAUCAUAUGUGGCAUUAGUUCAUCUUCGCUUUGUAUCAGGGGCCCAGCAGCCCCACCGUUGCACCACAUCUCUCUCUGUUUAUCAGCUGCAGACCUCACUUCAACGUUUUGUCCUCUUCUGUUCGAGAUACAUUUUAGUAGCUGUUGCUGUAUUUAACGCGUGGAUGUACAGAGAGCGUCCAGAACUUAAAUUACUCUCUUGAACUUUUCCACUGUUUGCAGCGUGUUUUUUGGGGGAGUGAUUUUGUGUUUGAAAGGGUUCAAGUGGAAGUAGAAUUACAGUAUCGAGCCUUGUUUAUAAGAAGCAUGAAAAUUACUGCGCUAAUACUGUGCAGCGUGUGAGAAUAAGCGAAGGUCAAAACUAUUCAGCCAAUCCUUCGUUCAGCAGAGACAAGGCGAGAGGGGUAAGCGGAGAGUAAAAUGAGAAUGAAAGAGAAGAGUGAGCUUUAUUACGGAGGGACUGACGUUUCUUGCUCACUCCCACAUGAAAACUCAAUAACUCCAUCCACUCUUUACCUCCGCUUCCACGUCAAAGCCAAAAGUCCUUAUUAACCCCUCUCAAAGUGUUGUGUUUUUUUUGUAGGACUCUUUGUAUUUAGUGGAUUCAGCAACAUGUGGGUGUUUUUGUAAAAGAUGCGUCCUUGACAGAUUGUUCUCAUGAUGACUGUGAGUGGAAAACGUCUGAGAAAUGUUCAUUUUUUAUGGACUCUUGAAAUUAAAUGCUUAAAGCAAAACA